GCCACAUCUAGACUCCUGGUGAAUUACCGAGAACCUUAUCGCUCCCAGAUUUUAGACUAUCUGUUCAAGCCAAAUUUUGGUGCUUCUUUACAUAUCCUCAAAGUAGAGAUUGGAGGUGAUGGGCAGUCAACAGAUGGUACUGAACCCUCCCAUAUGCACUAUGGAAAUGAUGAGAACUACUUCCGGGGCUAUGAAUGGUGGCUGAUGAAAGAAGCUAAAAAGAGGAACCCCAAAAUUAAACUGAUUGGAUUACCUUGGGCAUUUCCAGGAUGGAUAGGGAAGGGUGAAAACUGGCCCUAUGACUAUCCAGAUAUCACUGCUUAUUAUAUUGUUUCUUGGAUAUUAGGAGCUAAACAAUAUCAUGAUUUGGACAUUGAUUAUAUUGGGAUAUGGAAUGAAAGGGCAUUUAGUAGUAAAUAUAUAAAGGUACUUCGACAAUCUUUGGACAGACUGAGUCUAAGCAACAUUGGCAUCAUCGCUGCGGAUGGAGAUUGGAACAUUUCAAAGGAGAUGAUAGUUGACCCCUAUCUUAAUGAUGCUGUUGAGGUAGUCGGGGCUCACUAUCCUGGAACAAAAACAGUACCAAAUGCAUUAUUAACUAAGAAGAAGCUGUGGUCUUCAGAAGAUUACAGCACUUUCAAUGAUGAAGUAGGUGCAGGCUGCUGGGCUCGAAUCCUGAACCAAAACUAUGUGAAUGGAAACAUGACCUCAACGAUUGCAUGGAACUUGGUGGCUAGUUAUUAUGAAGAGUUGCCCUUUGGUCGGUGUGGAUUAAUGACAGCACAAGAGCCAUGGAGCGGCCACUACAAAGUAGAAGCUCCUAUCUGGAUUACAGCACACACAACACAAUUUACUCAGCCAGGCUGGUCUUACUUGCAAGUGGAUGGACACUUAGAAGGAGGUGGCAGUUUCGUAGCUCUGACAGAUGGCCUAGGAAACCUUACCAUCAUAAUUGAAACUAUGACUCAUAAUCACUCUCAGUGCAUUAGGCCUCCACUGCCUCAUUUCAGUGUGACACCUCAGAGGGCUACUUUCCACCUCAAAGGGUCAUUUUAUAUGGUGGAAGCCCUCCAAGUGUGGCAUUCUAGACUUGGUUUUGAAUCUGGAAACUCUAGUCUUUUCCAGCAACUCCAUCCUGUAAAGGUGUGUAAAGGAAGUUUUUCUUUAGAUCUAAACGUGGAUGAAGUCUACACUUUAACCACACUCAAGACCGGGCAGAAAUGUGGUUGCCCAGAGCCUCCACCACCUCAGCCCUUUCCUUCAAAUUACAAAGAUGAUUUCAAUAUUCGUAAUCCACCUUUCAGUGAAGCCCCAAAUUUUGCAGAUCAGACAGGUGUAUUUGAAUACUUCGUAAAUGCUUCUGACCCAGGAGAUCAUGUGUUCACACUCCGCCAGGUGGUGGUUCAGCGACCCAUCACUUGGGCUUCUGAUGCAGACCAGACCAUCAGUCUCAUAGGAAAUUUUCAGUGGGUGAACAUGACAGUCACUUGUGACAUCUACAUAGAAAAAAAACGUGAUGGAGGUGUGUUUAUUGCAGGAAGAGUCGACAAUGGUGGGAUAUAUGUUCGAAGUACCAAAGGAGUUUUCUUCUGGGUUUUUGCAGAUGGCACCUACAGAGUCACUGGUGACCUAGGUAAGCAGCUCUUUGCUUAA